UACAACAACAUCACUUCAGAACUGAACCUGGAUUUUUUCUCAAGUUACAUUCCUUCGAGUUCGAGGAAAUAACCAUGUUUUUCAAGCCGUUUAAAAUUAAAUCACAGACCUCCAUCAAGGGUUCCGACAGGAAAAAACUGCGAGCUCAGAUAGCAAAACUGUACCCAAACCUGACCUCCGAGAUGCUGGGAGAAAUCAUCCCAGCCAAAGAAGAGAUGAGCAUUAUGAAAGUCUACACUGGUUCUGGUGACAGUGCUUUGGUGUAUAUCCUUCAGAAGAACCCUAUUUUCUUCGAGGUGUUUGACAAGCUGUAUCCUUCAGUCUAUACUCUAUGGAAAUGCCCGGACAUCUUGCCAGUGUUUGCCACAUGGCCUCCCGUCUUUGGUAAACUUGCUGGAGGAGCAGAUCUGAUGUUGCCGGGGGUGGUUGUAAGAGCUGGUGAUAACCUGCCCUCCGUAGAGAAAGCUGAGGUCUGUGCCGUGAGACUAGUGGGCAGUAGAGCCCCCAUUGCCACAGGAGUAGCCCUCAUGUCAUCUGAUGAUAUGAGAGAUUCAGGAAUGAAAGGAAAAGGAGUUAAGAUUUGCCACAUAGUAGGAGAUGAAUUAUGGUCUGUUGGGGACAAGUCUGAGCCACCUGUUCUUCCAGAUCCAGAUUUUGAUCAGCAAAGUGAUGUGGAUCAGGAUGGGCUGCCAGAAAAAUCAGAAGAGGUGCCCACAGUAGAGAGCCUCAAUCUAGAGGCUGGAGAUCCAGUAGCUAAUGGUGAAUGUGAGGGUGCAGAGGGUGGGGUUGAGGAGGUAGAACCUUCUGAAGAGGCUGCAUCUGAACCAGAACCUGUCACAUAUACAACAGCUGACAUGGAUGAAUUCCUGUUUGAGGCUUUUAUGACAGCUUUGAAAACCAAAGUGAAGAAAUCAGACCUUCCUCUUUUAACCAGCAAUCUGUACAGAAACUUAAUGCUUCCUUGCAGUACAAGAAAAGAUAUUCUUGAUGUUAAGAAGUCCACUUAUAAGAAGCUAUCAAAGUUUUUACAAGCCAUGUCUAAAAAAGGACUAAUCAAAGUGAAGGAACUGACAAAAGGAGUGGAGAGUGUGACUGAGAUAAACAAAUCUCAUCCAGACUUCAGGGAUUUCACUCCACCAGACCUUCCGGAACCUGAUGCAGAAGGUAGUAAGUCUUCUGGGGAUGAGGGAUUUCAGCCUCCGUGCAUACAGGAGAUGUACUCGGUGACCUCAGUCAUGCUGCCAGUGUUCAGACCUGCUGGAUACAGUAAGGGCUCAGCUUUGUCGUCCACUGAUGUCAGAGCCGUCAUCACAGAUUACGUGAAGGCUAACGACCUACAAGUACAAGAUAAAAAGAGUGUGGUGCAGAUAGAUCCCAUCAUAGGGGAUGUGGUCCUGGACAAAGGGGAGGUAAACACAACUCACAUGACUUGGGAGGAACUUCUGAGCAGGUUUUUACAGAAGAUGCCGGUUGUUCAUCAGGUGACCUUCCCAGGUCGCCCACCUGUCAUCAGGAAGGGAAAACUGGAGCCCAUCAGUGUUAAUGUUGAACAAAGGACCAGCAAUAAAAAGGUGACCUUGGUGGAUAACCUGGAGCUGUUUGGUAUUGACCCGGUGGAGUUUGCUCACAGAGUACAGGUCAGCGUAGCCUGUAGUGCCUCUGCCUGCCCCACCGCCCAGAAGAAUAAGGGACUUCAGGUCAUGGUACAGGGGAACCAGAUCAACUUUAUAUCAGAUCUUCUGCUGGGAGAAUAUCACAUACAAAGGAAAUAUAUUAAAGGUCUGGAAAAAGCCCCCAAAUCGGGAAAACGAAGAUGAAAUUUAAUUUAAUAAAAUAUGGAUUGUUGAGUUG